AUGAAGACCUCGAUGAGACUAGAAAAAGCUAAAAAUAUUUCGUGUCCAUCGCAUCCGAUUGCUGUAUUCUUCCAUAUAAUAUUUCGUUCAUUAGCUAUUGUUGCGUAUUUUAUGUGUUCGUGGGUAAAAAAUAUUACCGGUCGGUUGUUAGCAGGUUUAAGAUGGUGGAACUACGUUGAUGACAAUGGAGAUAAUCAUUGGAUUUUUGAAGCAAAAAGAAUAAUCACUGGUGUGGCGUUAUCACUUAACAUUGCAAAUUUGUAUGGAUUUAUAAGGUGUAAAUUUGGCUCGAAUGAAAAAAUAUCCAAUGUUGCCGGAAGCUAUAUACGAGAGCAAAUGUUUAAAACAGUGUUGUCGAAAGUUUCAGGAGGUUUAUUUGAGAUAAUUCAUUCACAUGGAUAUUUACAAGAUCCACCAGCAAGAAGUUCGGCUUGGUUAUAUGAUGAGGAUUUCCAAAAAUGUUGUCAAUAUUACAACCAUAUGGAAAUGUUCUGUGGUGGCACUAACCAUCAGUGGAUCAUAAACGGUGGAAAAUGUAGCAUUUGCGGCGAAGCGUAUGAUUUACAACCACAACUGUUGGGAAAAGGUAAUUCAAUGUACCUUGGAAAAAUUGUUCGAACAUACACACAAGGCUCUGAAAUUAGUGUGACAGUGGUUUUAUCUGUUAAUCAUCUUGGUCAUUUUGAAUUUCGCCUAUGUAAUAUUGACGAUUUAACAACGGAUGCCACACAAAAAUGUUUAGAUGAUACAGUGUUAAGUAUAGCCCACACCAGUUCGACUACAUUCAUAGUUGAUAAAAACGCCUCACGUAGUAUAUUUACGGUGAACCUCACUUUACCAUCAUCGUUGACAUGUUCACAUUGUGUUUUUCAAUGGAAAUAUGUUACCGGCAAUAGUUGGGGAACAAAUUUACGGUCAGGAAAAUCAUGUCUAGGAUGUGGGACACAAAAUGAAGAAUUCUAUGGUUGCUCGGAUGUUGCAAUUUUAAGCUCAAAUAAAGUAUCAGAAAUGAAAGAAAAACCUUCUUCAAAGGUCAUCCUUUCAUCUUCAACUGUUUUUAAGCAAUGUACAUCGGCUGUAACAUUUGCACCAUCAAUGGAUCUUAGUACCGUCAUGGAACAAUAUUGUCGCACUGUUUGUGUAGUCAAUUGUGCAUCCGACAAACAAAUUCUCAAUUUAUUAAUGCAGCAAGCAUGCAUUUUAUCCUGCAGAAAAUUAUGCAUUUGUGAAUAA